UACUAUCCGUUAAUCUCUUUACAGUGGGCAUAUAACUAGUAAUAAUUAAGAACUUUGCUUUCAGAAGAAUAAGUCAAUCAAUCCUCAUUAACGUCCACCUCUGAAAGUUUGAAAUGAGUGUCUGAGAAAUAGCAAAUGCGCUGUCAAUUGGCUAGGGCUGGCAUUUUGAAUUUUUGCUUUUAUCGUUUUAAUGAUCACUCGGAUGGUUUGAAAAGAAAGAUAAUUAAAGAAAUGUGACAUCGAACUAGUCGAAUAGUUUUCAUAACCUAACCCAUCCUUAUAACCCUUUAAUUGUCUCGGAAGUAUUCUACAAAGGAUAUCACGGAAGUAUACCGGAAGUAAGCGAUAGCGCCUUAUGAGCUGUCGUCAAAAUAAACUAAAUAUUCAUGACCUUCAGUUAUCACCCAAAUUUAUCCCAUAGAUACUUCCGAUGAUGAAUGUCUUUAAAUACGUGUGAAAUGAAAUUAACUGAAACUGACGCCAUGAAAUACAGAAGUAAAAUGCCGAUGAAGGCGAUGAUGAACUUCGCCCUUUGCUUCUUGGCUGCCGUCGUGGUGGUGGCUUGUGGCAAUCCAGGCUACGGAUACAGCUACGGAUACAUUUUCCCCAGCGUAGAUGGCUCUGUCUUAUUCCGCACCGGCAUAUACAAGGCUCCGGCGUACAAAGCCCCAGCUUAUUCACCUCCAGCAUAUUCUUCUCCUGCUUACUCAGUAUACUCACCUCCGUCUUACUCCCCUCCUGCUUACAAAGCUUUAGCUUACAUGGCCCUAGCUCCUUCGCAUUGACAAAAAAUUCAUUUAAAAUUGUACAAUUAGGUCACACUUGCCAAAUUGUUCAAUCGUUAUCUGAAGUAUAUGUUUCAUUUUUGGACAUAAAUGUACAUUUCUUAUUUAUUACUAUAACCAUGAACACUGUUAUCUUUACAAAUCAAUCGGCGCCAAUUAAAAUCGUUUAUGAAUGUUGAGAGUUUUACCGCAAGGUGGCUUCGUCAUCAGCUGAUUCAAGCAUGACACGAAAAUUUGCAUGAAACUAGCAACUAGCGAGUGAGCAUUGUUAUCUGUCCAGCAGGUUCUCAGGAUUGAAUGCUAGGUUUUAGAGAACUAAAAUGCGCUUUUAAAGUUCUGAGUAUUAUGUUAAGACCAGUCCUUCAACUACUGAGUUUUGAGACGUGUCAAUAAGAUGGCGUGUUGAUUGUGUUGAGUGGAAUACAAAUGU